AUGCCACACGAAUUAGAAAAUGACAUGAAACAACCACCAAGUCCACUCAAUGAAAAGAUAUUAGACCGAGUCCAUGGGUCUAUGAUCGGAAUGGCAAUAGGUGAUGCUCUUGGUGCACACGUUGAAUUUCGACCCCGUCAAUAUUUGGUUGAAAAUCCUGUUACUGAUUUUCAAGCAGGAGGAACGUGGGGUCUUAAGAAAGGACAGUUCACUGAUGACACUUCCAUGGCACUUUGUUUGGCUAACUCACUUGUAGUCAAAAGUGAUUUAAAUCUCUAUGAUCAACUAGUUCGUUACAAAUGGUGGUAUAGAGAAGGAUACAUGUCAUCAACAGGAAAAUGCUUUGAUAUUGGUCUAUCUACGAGUCAAUCAUUGCAGGAAUUCGAGAGUCGUCAAAUGGAUUUUAUUAAGAAAUAUAACAUUCCUCCUGAAGAAAUAGACUAUGUUGCCGAUGAUAAACAUGUCAUUCAUGAAUUUAACGUCUAUUGUAGCGAUACUGAAGUUGCCGGUAAUGGAGCUCUUAUGCGCCUCGGACCAGUACCACUUUUUUUCUAUCGAUUUCCAAAAUAUGCUGUAGAAUAUGCAGGUCGUAGUGCACUGAUCACUCAUGGUGAUGUAAAAGCUUAUGAUGCAUGUCGUUACUAUAGUGCUCUUAUUGUUGCUGCUCUUCAGGAUUACACAAAAGAGCAACUUCUUGAUAAACAGUUUUAUUCUAAACAUAUGGAAUGGUUUGGUGAACGACCUCUUUGUAAUGAGAUUAAACAGAUUGCUGAAGGUUCUUAUCAGAAACCAGGUGGAUAUGAAGAUGGAAUUCGAGGCAAAGGAUAUAUAGUUAAUGCUCUUGAAGCAGCUUUAUGGGCAUUUUGGUCUGAUGGAAACUCAUUUGAACGAGGUGCUCUUGCUGCUGUGAAUCUUGGUGAUGAUACUGAUACAACUGCUGCCAUAUAUGGACAAUUAGCUGGUGCUUACUAUGGCUACAAAAAACUGCCUCGAUCUUGGCUUAAACAAGUUUAUGCUAGGAAAUUUAUAUUAAACUUGGGCAGUUGGAUUGCUUAUGAAGGAGAGAUGUGGCGACCAUCAGACAGUUCAUCUUCAAAUAUGUCAUCUUGGCCAUAUGCACUUUAUUCAGAUGCAACGAGUACUAAAAUAGCUAAACAUGACCUGACCUUAAAUCCAACUCAUCCGCGAAGGGGUGCUGCUACUACUAUCACUCAUUCAACGGAAUAUAAUGAAACAGCAAGUGCAGAAAAAUACGAAAAUCUAACAAAACUUCGUAAAGUUCAAUCAGAGCUUUCUACGAAGCCUUCAAGCUCUCCAAUAAUUUCGCCGAAAAAAAAAGAAACACCUAAACAGUAUAAUAUGGCCGCGCAUUUUACUUUUGAACCUGAGUUUGAGGAAAUUAUUAUCGGUGAACCUCUCAACCGACCAAGAUUGAAUGUAUAUCCUUUAAUAAAUGAAGAAUUUGUUCAUUCAGAUAAUACGAUCCACUAUUCUGGAAAAACACCAUUUGACAAUAACCAGCACAACUUGCCACUACGCUACACUCAACCAAUUACUAAUAAAGAUGAAUACGGUUCAAUAGUGCGAACGACUUUGAAUCAAAGAUUAUAUGACCAUGAUAAUAAAAAUUCGAAAUUGCUUGUCGAACGGCGUCCUUCAGACAAACAUGUCGAAUCAUCUGGGAAGACUUCAUUUUCAAGCCGAGCCGGACCAGGACAUCCAGCACCAACAAAACACUCCAAAAUGAAUAAACAUGAUGACCUUAUAGAAUCAGAACCAAACUACACUUCGCAAGAUAUGCUUUCUUUUUCACAACCUCCUCUAAGGACCUUGAAAGGUUCAUCGCCGAAAUCGAGUACAUCUCAAUCGCGUAUACCCAAAACUCAUGCUAGAGAACAGCGUCUUGAUCGGCCAAUGCCCGGUGAGUCUCGUUUUCAAGUUACCAUUGAUAAACAAACUCAAAACAACCAAUUAUCAUCAACUCUAGCAGCUGAGUGUGUAACUCAACUACCACCGGCACCUAAACAAAAACAAGAAGCACGCUCGAAAAAAACAUUGGGUACAGGUUCAGUUGGCUUAAUAUCUCCUAGCCGAAAACAUAAUGACAAGAACAAUAGUAAAUAA